AGGUGUGUUCAGGCGAGGAUAAGCACCGACCCGGACUGAACUCCUAGUUACAAAUAGGAGCUGCGGCAUUCCAAGUGGAGCAGAGUGGAGGCGCUCCAUGCUGAUGAAUAAUAAUAUUAAGUAAGAGUGAGAAGCUGCCCUAUUUAACCAGAGAGCGAGGAGGAUAUGAAGCUGCUUCUUUCUGACUGGGAAAAAGAUAUGAAUAAUUAGGAAAUUAUUCACAGAGGACUAAACAUUUAAACCAGGUGGCAGUGUUGCAACAAAUAUCCACUAUAAGAGUUCCUGAGAAUUCACUGCGCUCCAUUCAGCUUUUAACUGUCCUUCAGUCAGUACCUGGCAUGAUGUUUGAAGAGGAGUCUCAGGGUAUGAGAGGCCAGCAGGAGCUGUCCGUCCUGCGCGCCGUGGAGUCGCCUGUUGGGGCGGCGUCUAGUGGAGUUGAGGGUUCUCUGUCCUUCACUGAUGAAACUGUGUCCAUACUGACCUCCAGCAACCUGCUGGCUCGCUCUCUGCUGGGUCGCACCUCAGCCGUCAAGCGUAAAGAGAGCCCGGCUGCCUCUGCCCGACGCAAGCGCGAGUUCAUCCCCCAGGACAAAAAGGACGACAGCUACUGGGACAAAAGAAGGAAGAACAACGAGGCGGCCAAACGUUCUCGGGAGAAGCGGCGGGUCAACGACAUGGUCCUGGAGAGCCGGGUGCUUGCCCUGCUGGAGGAGAAUGCCCGGCUCAGGGCAGAGCUGCUGGCUCUCAAGUUCCGCUUUGGUCUGAUUAAAGAUCCCUCCAGCACACAAAUUCUACCACUUGCUGGAGCUACUAAGCACAAUGUUCCAAAUCUGACUCCUCAAUAUUAUCCCCACAGAGGGGAUCCAGGCCCUCAAAGCUCCCCAGCACCACAUCCCAGCAACCCCUUUGGCCAGACAAGCACCAGGGGCUGUAGGGAGGGCGGAAAUCUGUCAGAGGACUCUGGGUUUUCUACCCCAGGUGGGUCCAGUGUGGGCAGCCCAAUCUUUUUUGAGGACCGCUUUGGUGAUCAUGGGAAAUUCUCCCCACAUCGGGCAGAAGAGUUGAGCUAUGACCUCCAGCAUUCACCUGCUGAAGUCCACCACCCUGCUGCCCCCAGUGUUGGCAAGCACGACCAAGCGGAAGCAAUGAAGAACCUUCCUCACAAGCUACGUUUCAAGAUUCCUGGGAGCGGCGAGGGUCUUGACGUGGUGUGCGACAGCGCCAGGCGCAGUCCAUCCAUCUCCACCGUGAGCCGGGAAGGUCCUCGGGAGACCAGCAAAGGACUGAAUGGGGGUGAGGCGGCAGCAGGGCAUUUUUCUGGCUCCUGGGUUCAGCAACUAGAGGGGGAGGAAUGUAGAAGGGAGAGACAGACUCCUCCUAAUACCACCGGCUGUAACCUCCAGGCUCCUCUCACGCCCGGACAAAACGAAGUCCUGUAUCAACAUGAAAACACUUACCUGAAGUCUCAACUCAGCUCCCUCUCUGAAGAGGUGGCUCAGCUGAAGAAGCUUUUCACAGAGCAGCUCAUGUCCAAAAUCAACUGAUGACCAAUGCUGGUAGAUGAUACGUGCUAAUGCCUGGACUUAAGGAUUUCUAGCACAGACUGAAAAACAGCAAUACAAUCUUCUACUGUUCAGAAAGACUUUUAUUGUAAAAACAAAACAAAAAAAAGUUGUUUGUCCUUUUUAAUGUCCUGGGUGUUGGUCAUUCGGUCCCGUCACCCCUCUGUACUGUUGCCGUUUAAGUCAUUUCAUACCUGG